AUGAGAUUUACAAGUGCGGUGCUGGUUUUCUUAGUUUUCGGCGCGUCGCAGGCGUCCUGGAUGAAGGACGUCGUCUCGCCGGAGGGCCUGAAGUUCGGCACAGGAUUUGUGGCGAAAUUGCAGGAUAACGGAAACGUUAACGGUUCGUUCUUGGAACGGGUGGCGUUGAAAGUGGAUUACGGGGAGAUUGGGGUGAGCGUGGCCAGAAACGCGGAAAUAAACGACGUGGAGAUGAGUUUUUACACCAACGAUGUUAGUGAGGGAGGAGGCAAUUACGAAUACCAACCCAGCGCGUCACAACAAUACUUCGCCUAUAAUAACCACUACGCACCGAGUGCCUUAGCUGAAUCGCAAGUGCAAUUUCAAACAGUGGAGGCGGGUCAAGGAAACGGCACCGCCGCCAUCGGUCAGGAAACCCAAGUAAAAAGAAAAGAUAUGAUUAGAAAGAAGCAAAAAAUAACAGUAGCACCGACUAUACUGACCAUACGAAGAUAUCAUUUAGAUAAAUAG